AUGCCGGCCGUCGCGGUUGGCGACACGCGCUACGACCUGUCGGAAGUCCUGGGAAGCGAUCGGUUGGAUGCGCUCUUCUCUGAUGCGUGGACUGGGUCAAGAGUGUGGAAUGCCAGCAUCUUCCUAUCGAACCACCUUGUGCGACUGCAUGAAGAAGGCCGCUUUCUUGGUGGCAGUCCAGCGUCUGUGGUCGAACUCGGCAGCGGAUGUGGACUUGUUGGCCUGGUUGCACGAGACCUCGGCGCGGCGCAAGUGGUGGUGACCGACCAAGCCGAAAUCGUCGACCUGCUGAAGAUGAACAUUUCUCAAAACACGACCGCCACAUCAGGGCGUGGUCACGUCCGUGCAGUGGAAUUCACGUGGGGAUCGCCGUCCUAUGAAACAUUGUGGGUCGACAACGCUCCGUUCCAGUAUAUAUUGGUGUCGGAUUGUAUAAACCCCAUCUACGGCACAGAAUCGUGGCGGAAUUUGGCUCGAAGCAUUCGCGACCUGGGCAAUGCGUCGACCGUGUGCUAUUUGACCUACGAGGAGCGAGGCGACAACGCUGCACUGGCAGACUUCCACACGUUCAGUCACGACUUCUUGGCGCACGAGCUGCUGUUGCAAGAAGGCAAUAUUCACCUGUACAAGAUCACCCAGAAGGUCCAUGGCGCGACCGGAGCCGCGUGGAGCGCCUGA